UUCAAUUUUUUCAUCAUGGGUCGCUUUCUUCUAUCUGCCCAUAAAUAAGGCUUCAACCUUUCUCCUCAACUCAUCUCAUCCCUUUAAUCGUUUUCCACUCUUAAGUUUUUGCUUAAAUUCAGUUUCUCUUUUUAAAAAAACCCUUUUCCCUACUUCCCUCCUUGCUGCAUUUGUCUUUUUCUAACCUGCUUUUAAUCCCCUUGUUCUUCUCUUUUUUUCCUCUCUGUUUCUCUCAUUGAUUGCUAACGGUUCGGAAGACGAGUCUGUCUAAACCAUUUCCAGUCUUCACCCAUAACUGAUUUUACAUAUAUUCCUAUUAUCUUUCUUGUUAAUUGCUCUCCUGUUGUCUCUGUUUUAUUCUGUCAUUUGCUUUGCUUGUUUGCUUGAAACUAAACAAUCAACCAAAAAAUAAACAUGGAACCAAUUGCAACUGGCACUGCAGCCAGACUUUCUUCGGAAGCUGGGAAAGGCAUCUUUCAUGAAAUCAAACGUCAUAUGAGAUAUGUAACUAUCUAUAAGAAAAACGUUGAAAAUUUCGAGGAGAAAUGAAGAUGUUGUUGGCGAAAAGAGAAAGUGUUCAGAAAGAGAUCGAAGUUGCAGAAAGGAACGUGGAGAAGAUUAAACCGCACGUCGAGCUUUGGUGCAGUACUGUGGACAAGGUCAUCAAAGACGAGGUGAAAAGUGUGAAGGAUCUUCAAGACAAAGCAACCACCAAGUGCUUCAUUGGCUUGUGUCCUAACAUUAAGUCUCGCUACCAACUUAGCAGGAAAGCAGAAGAAGUUGUCGCCGCUGUUAAUGAACACCUUCAACAAGGUGAAUUCAACAGUGUUUCAUGCCCUGCUCCUCCGCCAGAAAUAGUUGACGCAACACCUAAAGAUUUUGAGAACUUCGAAUCAAGAGCAAUGGUUUUUAAAGACAUCACGGAGGCAUUGAAAGAUGAUACUAUCAACGUGAUAGGGGUGUAUGGGAUGGCUGGCGUGGGCAAAACCACUCUAGUCAAAGAAGUCGCUAGACAAGUCAAAGAAAAUAAGUUAUUUGAUUCGGUGAUCAUGGCAAUUGUGAAUCAGACUCCUGACGUUCAAAAAAUUCAAGACCAACUUGCAGAUUUAUUGGGUCUAAAAUUAGAAGAAACGAGUAUGGUUGUAAGAGCAGGUCGAUUGCGCGAAAGAUUGAAGAAAGAGAAGAAGGUUCUCGUUAUUUUAGAUGAUAUUUGGAAGAAACUAGAUCUGAAUGAUGUGGGGAUUCCUUUAGGAGAUGAGAAUAAGGGAUGCAACAUAUUGCUCACGUCAAGAGAUCUAAAUGUUCUAAGGAAUGAGAUGGAUGCUCAGAAAAAUUUUGCUCUCUCUGUUUUAGAAGGUAAAGAAGCUUGGGACCUGUUUAAGAAGAUGGCUGGGGACGAUGCUGAAAGUCCUGAGUUGCGAUCUACAGCAAUCGAAGUAGCGAAAAAAUGUGCAGGACUGCCUGUCGCCAUUGUAACAGUUGCAAGGGCUUUAAGAAACAAAGGGUCAUUCGCGUGGAAUGAUGCUUUGAGAAAACUACAAAGGCCUUCCCCAACAAACUUCACUGGAAUACCAGCACAUAUUUAUUCAGCGAUAGAGUUGAGUUACAACCAGUUGGAAAGCGAAGAACUCAAACAGACAUUCUUGCUUUGUGGUCUACUAGGUCAUAACACUGCUAUUGGAGACUUGCUGAAAUAUACCAUUGGUUUGGGUUUAUUUCAUGGUGUCAACACAGUAGAAGAAACCCGAGAUAGAUUGCUGACAGUGGUGAGUGACCUCAAAUCCUCUUGUUUGUUGCAUGAUAGUUACACCAAUGUGCGUGUUGAUAUGCAUGAUCUCAUUUGUGAUGUGGCGUUAGCAAUUGCUUCUAGGGACAACAAUGUGUUUGCAUUAAAAGACGAAGAUGUUCUGAAAGAUUGGCCUAAUGGAGAGACAAUGGAAAAAUGCACCAUGAUUAGUUUGAGAUAUGCUAAUAUUAGCUAUUUUCCGAAAGAGUUGAAAUGUCCGCGACUUACCUUUUUCUUUGUGGGUAGCAAGGAUUCUUCUGUGAAAAUACCAACCAGCUUUUUCAUGGAAAUGAAAAAUCUUGAAGUAUUAGAUUUGACUAAGAUGCAUUUUUCGUACUUACCUUCAUCAAUUAGUCUUUUAAAAAAUCUUCGAACAUUGUGCCUAGAUCAAUGUGUGCUGGGAGAUAUUACCCUUAUUGGAGAGCUUAAGAAUUUAGAAAUUCUUAGCCUUUUGAGUUCUGAUAUUGAAAUGCUGCCUAAGGAAAUUGGGCAACUGGUUAAACUAAAGUUGUUAGAUCUGAGUGACUGUACCAAACUCAAGAUUAUUCCAAAAGACUUGUUCCCAGCGAAAUUGAAAAGAUAUAAGAUUUUCAUAGGAGAUCAGGCAAGGGAUAGGUUUUUUAAGAAUGAAUGCUUGAGAGCACUUAACUUGAAGCUAAACACAAGCAUUCAUCAUUUGGAUCCUGGAAUUAAAAGGUUGUUGAUGAACACUGAAGAUCUGUACCUUGAAGAAAUGAAAGGUGCCAAGAUUGUCCUGCCUGAAUUCCAUGACUGGCAUUGUUUUCGAUAUUUGAAGAAUCUCCAUAUCCAAAAUGGUUUGGAGAUCCAAUAUAUCGUUGAUGAUCAUGAUGCAGUUGAUAUAAUUGAGUUUCUCCAAUUACGAUCUUUGACACUUGAAGAUCUACCAAAGCUCGUUAGCUUCUGCUCUGAGAACAAACCGGGCUCUGCUUUCAUACCUCAACAUCAGUUGCCACUUUUCAGUCGAAAGAUGGUCUUCCCUUGCUUGGAGAAUCUUCAUUUGUCCUCAAUCAAUGUUGAAAGGAUAUGGCACAGCCAGCUUUCAAAUAAAUCUGACUACACUCAGAAUCUGACAAGUUGCAUUUCCUACUUUGGCAAAGAUGAACCUAUCGCACUUGAGCAAUAUGAAGAUGAUAUGGCACAACCACCUGUCUGCAAGUUCCUUUUGCAAACUGGAAAGAAUGGAGGCAAUCACACAUUUGGAUUCCCAUCUUUGGACCAAGUAAUUGUAAGCCAGUGUUCUGAAUUGGAGAUCUUUUGCAAGGGAGAGUUAAAUGCUCCAACUCUGCAAAGAGUACAAGUAACUGACAAAGAUGAGAAGGGACAUUGGGAUGGUGACCUUAAUAGCACCAUUCAACAGUUGUUCAAAAAAAAGGUUGACUAUGAACCAAUGGAGUAUCUAAUGCUUACUGAGUUUUCCAAGGCAAUAGAGAUCUGGAGGGAUAAUCUUCAAAAAAGUUUAAAUUUAAAAAAUCUUAAAUGUUUGGAAGUUUAUGAAUGUAAUAGCAUGACAUAUGUAUUUACCACUUCCAUGGUUUUGGAUCUUGUGCAAUUGAAGCAGAUGCAAGUUAGAAAUUGUCCGAUGAUGGAGCAAAUUAUCACAAAUGAUGGAGUAGAGGAAGCAGCUACAAACACAAUCAUGUUCCCUUCCCUUCAAUCCAUAAGUAUUGUGUCAUGUUCAAACUUAAGAAGUUUUUAUUUGGGAAGUAAUACGGUGGAAUGUCCAUAUUUGACAGCACUUGGGUUAAUGGAUUGCCCUAAGAUGGUUGCAUUCAUAUCUUCAUCUCCAAGAGAGCAGAAUAUAGAUAAUAUUGGUAUUGCACCAUUGUUCAAUGAUAAGGUGAAAGGAUGCGACAAUGUGGAGAUAUUAGCUAGGCAGUACCUAAGCUUUUCGGAAACACUUAGAGAGAGCCAAUCGGAAAUUAUCUCUUUUCAACAACCCUUGUUUUGCGUCACUGAGAAUGCAUUCCCCAAUUUAGAAUGGUUACUAUUGGAAAAGAAUGACAUUAUGAUGGAGAUAUGGCAUGGACAACUUCCGACCCAAUACUUUUGCAAACUAACAGAUCUUUGGCUCGAAAGAGUUCCCAAUAGAUCAGUUACUAUCUUAAACAGUUUCACUCAUUUAUUACCAAAUCUUGAAAAGCUUGUUGUGAGAGAAGCUCCCUUCAGUAACAUAUUUCAAUGCGAAGGACUUGGGGGUGAGGAGGAACAUCCAGGAACACUUGCUCGGUUGAGUGAAUUAACGCUGCAUGAGCUUCCUGAGUUGACACAUAUCUGGAAGGAAGAAUUCCAAGUUGGAGAAGUUUUCAGCAACCUUUCAACACUACAACUGUGGAAAUGUGACAAAUUAAAGAAUUUAGUGCCGUCCUAUGUGUAUUUUAAACAUUUGACAACUCUGGAAGUGUCAAAUUGUCAAGGGCUUAAGAAUUUAGUAGCACUCCCAACGGCAAAAAGCAUGGUGGCACUCACAAAAUUGAGAAUUAUUGAUUGCCAAAUGAUAGAAGAAACCAUAGCUUAUGGAAGUGAUGAUGUGAAGGAUGGCAUCGUCUUCUCCCAGCUGAAGUCUUUGGAACUUUGUAGUCUUCCGAUCUUAUCAAGCUUCUGCUCAGGGGAUUAUGCCUUCGAAUUCCCUUCUUUGGAAGAGGUUAUUGUGAGAAACUGUCCAAAGAUGGAGAUUUUCUGCGGAGGAGAGUUAGCUACACCAAGUUUGCGGAGAGUGCAAUUUGCUGAAGAUAAAGAGCGUUGGGAUGGCAAUCUAAACACCACCAUGGAACAAAUUUUCAUAGAAAUGAAUUUCUUUAUAGUUGGUGUGGUGCUUCUUUGUUUCAGGAUGAAUGGAGCACACCUCUGCUCUACCACCAACCCUGUCAAAGCUGCCAUGUUUCAGGGUUCCAGAAGCCUAUUUCUCUACCUAACAAUGUACCUUGACAGUAGUUCGGAUUUUGAUAUUCUUAAAGAUCUUGUUUACGAAUAUUUUAGCUCCUCAUAUCGUGCAGAAUUCUCUGAAAUAUGUGGUUCUUUUAACAGAGUUUGGUUUCACUUUUAUUAUGAUGUUGUUAUGUUUAGAGAAUGUCCAGAAUUCUAUAGCGGAGGAAGAUUGUCUGACACAAGCUCAAGCUGGAUAAAAAGGAAUGUUUUCUAUGGUUUUGAGAGAAGUGCUUCACCUUAUGUUCUUUUGAGAAUUAAAGAUGAAUGGAGCACUCUCAGCACUACCACCAACCCUGUCAAAGCUGCCAUGUUUCAGGGUUCCAGAAGCCUAUUUCACUACCUACCAAUUCAUAUCCUUCUUUGCAUUUAUGGGACAAUUGCUAUUGGAUUGGUUCUUGCUGGGCGAUUGAAAGAAUUGAAAGUAGUAUAUAUUUUAACAGUUGAGCUCCUCACAUUGUACAGUAGAUAUUUUGAGUUCAAUAAAUUGUCUAUUGGUUUGUCGCAGUGGCUGUUGUGCUUAUAUAACACCCAAACCUUCAAGUGGCAAGACUACUUUGGCUGGCGGAAGAAACUGAGUGCAGCAAGAGCCAAGCCCUGCAGCAUUAAAGGCAAGCAUCACCUGGAUGAGUAG